UGUUUGACCAGCUUUAUACGUUUCAGACACUGUGAGGACAUUUGACCACACUGACAGGCUUGUGUCUGUGUGAUUAAAGUGGAUUAGUGUGUGCUGGGGAGCAGUAGCAGUUGGAGGCGAGCAGCAGGCGGCUGGCAGCUCUGACAUACAGAGAGCGAGCUGGAGAUCACAGGUGACAUCAUCAGCAGGUGACAUCCUUCCCAUGGUGCCCUGCAGCCUCAGAGGUCACCAUGGAAGACCAGUCUUUCCCAGAAUGCCAAGCUCAGGAGCUGUUUGAUGAGUUUGUAUCAGCAUCAACCUGCAGGGCGGCGCUGCGCUCCUUCAGCCAGCUUUGUGAACAUCUGCAGCUGGACCCGAGCACUGCCGAAAGGCCACUGUACCGACCGAUUAAACGCCGCCUUAACUACUGGAGGGCGAAUGGUCUGUGGGCCAAGCUGGACCGGAGGGGGGCGCAGGAGGAGUACCAGAGGGCACGAGCCUGCAGCGAUGUGACUUGUGUUAUCAUUGGUGCAGGGCCUUGCGGUCUGCGAACAGCAGUGGAGCUGAGCUUCAUGGGAGCUCGAGUGGUGCUGCUGGAGAAGAGGGACUCCUUCUCCAGGAACAAUGUGCUCCACUUAUGGCCCUUCACCAUCCACGACCUGCGGGGCCUUGGAGCCAAAAAGUUCUAUGGAAGGUUUUGUGCCGGCUCCAUCGACCACAUCAGUAUUCGCCAACUGCAGCUUGUCCUGCUGAAGGUCGCCCUGCUCCUGGGGGUCGAAGUUCAUGUCAAUGUGGAGUUUAAAAAGCUGGUGGAGCCAGCAGAGGACCAGCACAGACACAAGCUGGGCUGGAGAAUGGAGGUGAGUCCAAAGAAUCACCCUGUGAGUCAGCUGGAGUUUGAUGUAAUAAUCGGAGCAGAUGGACGCAGGAACACGCUGCCAGGUUUCAGGCGUAAAGAGUUCAGGGGGAAGCUUGCCAUCGCCAUCACAGCAAACUUCAAGAACAGAAACACCACAGCUGAGGCCAAAGUGGAGGAGAUCAGCGGAGUGGCAUUCAUCUUUAACCAAAGGUUUUUCCAGGAACUACGGCAGGAAACUGGGAUUAACUUGGAGAAUAUUGUGUACUACAAAGACGACACACACUAUUUUGUGAUGACGGCAAAGAAACAGAGUCUAUUGGAAAAAGGAGUAAUUCUGCAGGAUUUUGCAGACACAGAGCUGCUCCUCUCUCGAGGGAACGUUGACCAGAAUGCAUUGCAGGCAUAUGCCCGUGAGGCUGCAGACUUCUCCACCAAUCACCAGCUGCCAACUCUGGACUUUGCCAUGAAUCACUAUGGUCAGCCUGAUGUUGCCAUGUUCGACUUCACCUGCAUGUAUGCAUCAGAGAACGCUGCUAUGGUUCGCCAACGCCACGGACACCAGCUGCUGGUCACACUGGUUGGAGACAGCCUAUUGGAGCCCUUCUGGCCGAUGGGGACGGGAGUCGCUCGAGGGUUUCUGGCAGCUCUGGAUUCGGCUUGGAUGAUACGAAGUUGGGCUCAGGGCGCAGCUCCACUGGAUGUCCUGGCUGAGAGAGAGAGUUUGUACCGUCUCCUCCCUCAAACGACUCCAGAGAACAUGCAAAAGAACAUCACUCUGUUCUCUGUAGAUCCAACAACAAGAUACAUGAACACCAGCCUUUUGACCAUCACACCUGCCCAGGUGAGGCACCUGGUUGACACAGGAGAAGAGGUGGGGCUAACCACAGACUGCAGUGAUAUCAUCCGGCUCCCCUCCCCCAGAUACCUCAGACAGGACUUUGACUCUCUGGACGAGUCGUCAGUGGAAGAAAACACUCGACUCGGCUUUGAUGUGGCUGAACGAGAGUUUGGGAUUUCUCCAUUGAUGACGGUGGAGGAAAUGUCGUCUGUGGAAGAGCCGGACUCUCUGUCGAUGGUCAUGUACCUGAGCCAGUUUUACCAACUGCUCAAAGACUCGCCGCCCCCUAUGGGCUGCCUGAGGCACAUCACUGACCUGCGAUCAGCUCUCAUCGCUCCUGCCUCCCUCCUCAGCCGACUGGGAACCAGUUUGUCCAGGAAGAGGAACCCAAAGGAGCAUGGGGGGGCAUUGGGUAAAAAGAGGAAGACCAGUCAGCGGAGUCGAGAGCAGCAGGAGUCAUGUGACCUGAAUGGUGAUGUUGAGAGCCAGUCAUUUGAGGAGGAGUUUGUGGGUGGGGCCAGUCGGUCCAGAGUUCGUUUGAUGGCCAAUCAGCUACAGGCAAAGCUGCAUGAAAGUUCAUCUACCUGCAGGACAUCUUCUUCUGCUGCUGCUGAUUUCCGUCGACAAAAAAAACGAACUCUUCAGCAGGAGCAGAUGAGUUUUCGAUUCAAACAGAAGCUCAAGGCUCAGGCAGUUCUCGAUGGGGACGAACAGGUGCCUGAGCAAGUACCUGAACAGUGCCUUCAAAUGUACACGGGUGGCGUGAGCUCACUGGCUGAGCAGAUAACCAGUCGUAUGCAGAGUCAGGAGGACGGUGGUGGGGUCUCUGCCAGCUGCAGUCACGUCUGUUUCUUCUGUAAGCAGAGGGUUUAUGUGAUGGAGCGUCUCAGUGCAGAGGGCUUGUUCUUCCAUCGCAGCUGCUUCCAGUGUGGUUCCUGCAGCAGUCCCCUCCGCCUGGCCUCGUACACAUAUGACCAGCACACCGGGAGGUUUUACUGCAUGCAACGCUCUGAAUGUCACCUAAGUGCUCAAGCCGUGAGGAAGAGGCCGACGCCAUCUGACAGAGCUACGUCACACCGAACGUCAAUCGGGUCCCAGAGCUCGGCGCCAUCUCUGUCUGACUCUCUGAUCUCAGCAGGCCGCCGACCAUCCUCAGCUGCUUCUCUAAUGGCGGCGACGCCGGAGAGGAUCGAGCUGGAAAUCUGGCACCGGUGCUCAGAGGUGGAGCUACAGGAGGAGCUGGAGGAGGUUUCCGAGGAGGUCCUGAACCUAUUCAACCUGAGCACCGACAAUCAGACAGGGUCCAGGUCCAGAAGUUUUUUGCCCCACUGUACACAUUAUUUCAUACACUAUCUCCUCCCUUCAGAGGCGGAGCUUGCUCCUUACAGCUCUGACACACCUGUUCAGCCUGACUCCACCUCUUCCAUGAACUCAUCUGUGACUCCACACCCUGUCGCCACCACUGCCAGCACAGCCUCCUUCACCACCACACCUGACUCCCCUCACAUUGAGGAUGGAGCCAGAGCGCCACUCAAACCUGCCAUUGUCAUGGAGACACCUGCUGCCAGUGGGCGGGGCUCAUUUGACAACAUCACACCUGAACUGCCGCAAAAUAGGCCCCUCCUCCUGCAAGAGAAAGGGGAGGGGUCAGAGGAGGACCCAGGGACAUUUAGGAGGAAGAGGAGGACGAAGAGACGGCGAGAAGCUCAUAGCCUCCCCCCUAGACUCCUCUUCCCCCCCUUGCAGCCUGGGGGCAGGGCUCUCCUCUUUAAGAUGCUCAGAGAGGCUCCUCCCCCUGGGGAGAUGGAGCUGGGAGGGGUUGGAGCCAGAAAUCUAUUAAAGACUGUGUUUUCUGGAAACAAGAAUGAGCAGAAGAGGAAGGGGGGUGGGACUUUACCUGCAGAGAGGGCGAAGGAGAAAACAGCCAGUCAGAGAUUCACAGAUGUGAGAGCAGAGGUGUCAGAUCUUGAUUCAUCCACCGUGUUGCAGAGAUGUUCCCUGAAGCCCCAAAACAACCUGCGUUUGGAGUUGCUUGACCUGACCAAUGAAAUUCAGAGGGUUGCCAUCGAGGAGGAGGAGAACCAGGAGCCGCCAUACGUUCCUCACGCUCUGGCUUUCAAACGAUCAUACGCCAUCAAGAGACGCCCCCUAAAAGACAGAGUCCCGCUACAGGACUCUGACGGCCAGUCUUCCUGCCCCACGGAGGUGGUGGGGGUCGUGGUCCAGCCGAAGGAGGCAUCCAGUUUGAGCCUGAAGGAAACCAUGUUCCAGAGGGAGCGUGAGGAUGACGACGAUGACCUGGACACCAGAAUCACGAGACGGGUUCAGAGAGCCGCAAGGAGACAGGCCAAACAGGAAGAACUGAAAAGACUCCACAAGGCCCAGAUGAUCCAGAGGCAGCUGCAGCAGGUGGAAGAGAAACAGAGGCAGCUGGAGGAGAGAGGAGUGAUGGUGGAGAAAGCUCUGAGGGGAGAAGCAGAUUACUGGGGAGAAUCCAGCCAAAGCGCAGACAUGGAGCUUCACCUGGGAGGGCUCGGGAAACUGGAUAAUCCGCCGCUGAUGCAGCAGUGGUUCCAGCUGGUCCAGCAGAAGAAUGCUCUGGUCCGAUAUGAAGCUGAGCUCAUGAUCUUCGCCCGAGAGCUGGAGCUGGAGGACCGGCAGAGUCGCCUGCAGCAGGAGCUCCGAGAGAGGAUGGCUGUGGACGACCACCUGAAGGACGAGGAGCAGCUGGCUGAGGAGCGUCUGAUUCUGGAGGAGAUGCUGGAGGUGGUUGAGCAGAGAGACUCUCUGGUGUCCCUGCUGGAGGAGCAGAGACUGCAGGAGCGACAGGAAGACAGGGACCUGGAGCAGCUGAUGGUGUCCGGAGGACUGGGACUCACCUGGACCUAAGGCGGUCAGACUUUCUGUCUCACCUGUCAGAGGUCUUUAAACCCACCUGGACGCAGGCAGGGAUGAUAUGUUUAAAACUGCAAACUGUCGAGUUGACCUGAGGAGAGUCUGGUUUAGUGCAGGUAAACAGUCCAGGUGGAGAGAAACAAUUACAUUUAUUAACUUUUUAAAACUGAUUCAUAAAAACUACCCACGAGCAGAAACAGGAUGUCUUAGUCUGAAAUCAGCUGACCUCUAAUGUUUCCUUAGAAGUUAGUCAUCAGAGCAGCUUGAUGGAUUAAAUCCAGCAGAACCCAAACAGAUACAGGAUGGUCUGAACUGAACCAUCCAAUCAGGUGUGAUGAUGUCAUUCAAGCCAGAGAAGAUGGGAAAAAACUCCACUUUUCUGACUGCAGGAGUUAGUACUAAUGCUAACAGCCUGUAUUAGCUAUAGUGAUGGAACACUGACAUGGCUGCUAGCCAAUACCAUGCUACUGCUACUGCUAACCAGCUACCAUAACCCACUGUUGCUACCUGGAGUAAAAGUAAGCUAAUCUAAAUGAAGACGUGUUUGUGCAGCUUAUCCUGGUGCAGAGUUUAAAUAUCUCUAACUCCUCGAGAGAGAACACAAAGGUGGACUUCAGCUCUCAGUGCUGAGCUAUCUUAAAACUCCAUUCUUUCUACUGACAACAGGGGUAAACUCCUCUGAUCUGAGCUCAGUAAACUCUUUCCUGAGGAGUUUACAGUCUCAGAUGCUAGUUAAUUAAUUACAUGCUGUGUGUCAAAUGUUUGAAUACAGUAGAAUACAAUAGCCCUUUACUGUCAUUGUACAUGCACAACAAAAUUGUGGAGGCUCCACCCCAGCAGUCAGGAGUAAAAUAUAAAAACUAGACAGCAAGAGUUCAAGAACUCAAAAGUGGGCUCAAUAGGCAGGCAGACUAAUAAAUCAAAUUAAUUCUACUAGAAACUGGUUGUCUACAGGAACUGGACCCAUUCCUAAUAUUUUAGAUAUUAAACCUGAUAUUAAAACAUUUAAAACAGUGUAUUUAAAUCCUUUGAGGCCGAACCCUCUGGUCUCAUAUCACUGUUUUUAAAACUCUUUUAUAAAGUUUAGGAACUCUUAAAAUAAGCUAAGACUCACUAAAGAUGUUUGAGCAUUUCACAAACUUUAAUAUUUAAUAAAAAAAAUGUUUUAAAACAUCCGAUGAACCAUGUGACCCAGCCUCAAUGACAUUUUUAUCUAAUUGAUUAUUGAUUGUGCCAUCAGAUCACCUGUGUGCCUUACCUGCCACCUGAUCAAUAACAUGUGUUCAUGCGGCGAUGAUGGUUAUUACUGUAACUCUGUGCUGUGAAAUAAACCUCUCAUUUCUGACA